CCGCUCCCCCUCCCGUCAUCCAUGGGCUCCCUAAAGGACGGAACUGGUGUCCCCUCCUCGGGGUGACUGUCUGCACAGGGAGCACUGUGAUCUCAGCGUACCUUCUACCCGAUGCCGUUCGGCAGAGGGCGAGCUCCAUCACACAUGCCACCCCGAACAGAAGCCGGCCUGGAUGACCUCUAAGGUUCCCUCCCCAUGGCGGCGAUUUCCCAAGUCCAGAAGCUGCUCCCUAAUUACAGCAGAGGGCGCACUCUUCGCUAUCGACUGACAGUAAGCUACUGCGCAUGCUCCACUUUGUCUGCCUGGUGUGCUGGGACAGCCUGUUCAGAUUCCAAGACUGGAAGGAUCUUUGGAGAGCCAGGGGAGACCAGUUGCCCGGUGGUGUCAGCAGAUUCCUGCUGAUCCUGGCAAAGGAGAAGAAGGAAGGGCCCUGGCCAGUGAACAAAAUGGAGUCACUGUUGUUCAUCAAAUCAUCUCCUUGUACUAGUGGAGUUGAAAGAGUCUCUGAUUCCUCAAUUCAGGGUCCUGUGUCCUUUGAGGAGGUGGCUGUUCAUUUCACCCGCGAAGAGUGGUCACUACUUGAUCCCAAUCAGAAAUCCCUGCAUCAAGAAGUCAUGUUGGAAAUGUCUAAGAUUGUGGCCUUUUUAGCAUUUCAUAUACAGAAGAAUGAAAAUUACCAAGAGCCAGCUGCAGUUCCAUUGCAAAUGCUCAAAACUGAAAUACCAGAAGAGUCAUCUGCAAAUAAAUGGAAAAGAAGGAAAAAUGAAAAAAAGCAAUCUUACCUUUGGAGAAGAAAAUCCAUUCUUGAAGGUCCAGAAAUGGAUUGCUUUCUGACCCAACAUGAUUCCAAAGAAAACAGUACAGCAAAUUGUCGAGGAAGCAGAACAAGAUUCAAAGCAAAACAAAACUUUAGUAACCAUUGCAAAAUUGAAAAGAGCUUCAGCAGUAAUAAUGUUGUUUCACGUAAAAUUAUUCAGGCAAAGGAGAAACCCUACAAAGGUGUAGACUGUGUAAAGAGGAUUGGGUGGAAAGGUAAUCUAACUACCCAUAAAAGGAUCCAUACAGGGGGAAAGCCCUAUAAGUGCAAGGUCUGUGGAAAACAAUUCAGUGUAAAAAGUGCUCUUACUGCUCAUAAAAGGAUCCAUGCAGGAGAAAAACCCUAUAAAUACCUGGAAUGUAGAAAGAAGUUCAGGAACAGAGAGAGGCUGAAAUCCCAUAAAGUGAUCCGUCUCCAGGAAAAACCUUAUAAAUGUGUAGACUGUGGGAAAAGCUUCAGUGUAAAGUGUUCCCUUACUUCUCAUAAAAGGAUCCAUACUGGAGAAAAACCCUUUAAAUGCCUGGAAUGUGAAAAGAGCUUCAGGCAAAGUGGUGACCUUACGUCCCAUAAAAGGAUCCAUACAGGAGAGAAACCAUAUAAAUGUCUGGAGUGUGGAAAGAGCUUCAGUAUGAAUUGUUCCCUUACUUCUCAUAAACGGAUCCACACAGGAGAGAAACCCUUUAAAUGCAUAGAAUGUGGGAAGAGCUUCUGUCAAAGCAGUACGCUGGCUUCCCAUAAAAGGCUCCACACAGGGGAAAAGCCCUAUACAUGCAAGGAGUGUGGAAAGUGCUUUAGGAACAGUAGUUAUCUGAACUCUCAUAAAAGGAUUCACACGGGAGAGAAACCCUAUAAAUGCACGGAAUGCAGAAAGAGUUUCAGUAUAAAAAGUAAUCUUACUUCUCAUAAAAGGAUUCAUACAAAUGAGAAACCAUUUAAAUGCAUAGACUGUGGGAAGGGCUUCUGUCAAAGCAGUACACUUGCUUCCCAUAAACGGGUUCAUACAGGAGAGAAACCCUAUAAAUGCAUGGAGUGUGGAAAGAGCUUCAGGAACAGCAAUUACCUGAACGCUCAUAAAAGGAUCCACACAGGAGAGAAACCCUAUAAAUGUAUAGAAUGUGGGAAGAGCUUCAACCAAAGCAGUCAGCUUAUUUCCCAUAACAGGAUCCAUACAGGGGAAAAACCUUAUAAGUGCACAGACUGUGGAAAGACUUUUAUUGUUUGUGGCCAGCUGACUUAUCAUAAAAGGUCCCACACAGGAGAGAAACCCUAUAAAUGUUUGGAAUGUGGAAAGGAUUUCUGUUACAGCCGUUCCCUUACUUCUCAUAAAAGGGUUCACACCAGGGAGAAAUCAUAUGUUUGCAAUGAAUGUGGGAAAGCUGUGGGCAAUAACAAUAACAUUAUUCCCCAUAAAAUGAUCCAUGCAAGGGAGAAGCCCUAUAAAUGUGUGGACUGUGGAAAGAGUUUUAGGUGGAGAGGUAAUCUAACUACCCAUAUAAAGAUCCAUUCACGGGAAAAACCCUAUAAAUGCACAGACUGUGGAAAAAACUUCAGCAUGAACAGUUCCCUUACUUCUCAUAAAAGGAUCCAUACAGGGGAGAAACCGUUUCAAUGCACAGUUUGUGGAAAGAGCUUCAGUUUGAACAGGUGCCUUGUUUCUCAUAAAAGGGCCCAUUUAGGAUUGAAACUUUAUAUAUGCCAUGAAUGUGGGAAAAGUUUUAUUUUGAGCAGCUCCCUUACUAAUCACAUGGGUACUCAUACCAAAGAGAAACUAUAUCACUGUACUGACUGUGGGAAAACCUUCAGGUGGAAAAGUCACCUUACUUCCCAUGAAAGGAUGCAUACAGGGGAAAAACCAUAUGAAUGCAAGGACUGUGGAAAAAGCUUCAGUAUGAGUAGUUCUCUAACUUCUCACCAAAAGAUACAUACGGGAGAGAAGCCCUAUCAAUGCAUAUUAUGCGGGAAGAGCUUUAGGUUGAAAGGUCAUCUUACUUCCCAUAAGAGGAUGCACACGGGGGAAAAGCCUUAUCAGUGCAUGGACUGUGGAAAGAGCUUCAGUAUGAGUAGUUCUCUUACUUCUCAUAAAAGGAUUCAUACAGGAGAGAAACCUUACCAAUGCUUGGAAUGUGGGAAGAGCUUCAGCAAAAGCAGUAUUCUUAAUUCCCAUAAAAGGAUCCACACAGGAGAAAAACCCUAUAAAUGUCUGGAUUGUGGAAAGAGCUUUAGCAACAGGAAUCAUCUGACCUCUCAUAAAAGGGUCCACACAGGAGAGAAACCCUUUAAGUGCACAGAGUGUGAAAAGAGCUUCAGUUAUAGUGAUUCCCUUGCUUCUCAUAAAAGGAUCCAUACAGGAGAGAAACCUUACAAGUGCUUGGAGUGUGGAAAGUCCUUUAUUCAGAGCAGUCACCUUACUUCCCAUAACAGGAUGCACACGGGGGAGAAACCAUAUAAAUGCAUGGAGUGUGGACGGGGCUUUAGCAGCAGCAGUUCCCUUAUUUGCCAUAAAAGGAUCCAUUCGGGAUUGAAACCUUAUAUAUGCAAGGAAUGUGGGAAGAGUUUUAUUUCAAACAGCUCCCUUACUAAUCACAUUAGUAGCCACAUAACUGAGAAACUGUAUCAAUGUACAGAGUGCAUGAAAAGCUUCAGGUGGAAAAGUCAACUUAUUUCCCAUAAGAGAAUACAUACAGGGGAAAAACCCUACCAGUGCAUGGAUUGUGGAAAAAGUUUCAGUCUGAACAGUUCCCUUACUUCUCAUAAAAGGAUCCAUACAGGAGAGAAACCAUAUAAAUGCAUAGAGUGUGGGAAAAGCUUCAGCAAAAGCUGUAACCUUACUUCCCAUAUAAGGAUCCACACAGGAGAGAAACCCUAUCAGUGUACAGAGUGUGGAAAGAGCUUCAGUUUGAACAGUUCUCUUACUUCUCAUAAAAGGAUCCAUACAGGAGAGAAAAAAAUAUAUAUUAAUGAUGCGUGGAAAGAACUUAAUGUGGAACAAUCAACUUAUUUCCCAUAAAAGGACCCAUAUAGGGAAGAUGCCUUUAGCGAUUAAAGUGUCCUUAGUUCCUGUGAAAUCAUUCAUUGUGAUAUCAAACAUGCACUGUAAAGACAUGGAAUGCAGAGGACUUCAAUCAAGAUUUUUUAACUGAUUUCUCUUAAAAGGCAUCAUUCGAAGGAAAUAGGAUGAUGUAAGCAAAGUAGUGUGAGAAGUGCUAUAAAGGUUUUUUUUAAUUGUUCCUUUGAGAUACCAUAUUUUUUGGAUUAUAAGACACACUGGUGUAUAAGACGCACCAAGAUUUCAAAGAGCUAAAUUAGGAAAAAAGUUUGUGUCCUCCCCGGCCCCCAGGAGCACUCUGCAGGCUUCAGCAGAGCUCGGGGAAGGGAA